UGUCUCCACCCAUAUUUAUUAUCUUCAUCGCUUCAUGCAUUUGGGUUAUACUCUAUGCGAUUCAGAUCUUGAGGCAGGGACACACGCACCUUUUUGUUAAAGCAAACUCACGACUCACGUGCCUCUCCCAUCUCUUAACAAAACACAAUUAAUAUAAUUCUCUUCAUUUUGCCUCAGAUAAAAAGGUUGUCUUUUUGAGAGAGAGGAGGGUUGGAAUCAGCCUUUAGUAUAUAUAUGUUGUUGUAGCUAAUAAAAAAGACAAAGGAUUUGUGAGAGAAUGGAGAAAGAGGGUGUUGUUGGAGUUUUUGGGGUUAUGGGUAGGUGUUGGUUAGUUGGAGUCAUAAUUGUAGUGGGGUGUACCACCUUGUUUGGCAGUGUUGGAGUAGAAGGGUAUCCAGAUGAGGAUUUGGUGGUGAAAUUGCCUGGUCAACCUAAGGUUGGGUUUAAGCAGUUUGCUGGGUAUGUUGAUGUUGAUGUCAAGCAUGGAAGGAGCCUCUUCUACUAUUUUGUGGAAGCUGAAAAAGACCCUCACAAGAAGCCCCUCACCCUUUGGCUCAAUGGAGGUCCUGGAUGUUCCUCAAUUGGAGGAGGUGCUUUUACUGAAUUGGGACCCUUUUAUCCCAAAGGUGAUGGACGUGGUCUCAGAAGAAAUUCGAUGUCUUGGAAUAAAGCAUCCAACCUCCUUUUUGUGGAGUCUCCCGCUGGAGUUGGUUGGUCAUACUCAAAUACAUCUUCAGAUUAUAACACUGGAGAUGCCGCCACUGCCAAUGAUAUGUAUUUGUUCAUGCUGAAAUGGUACGAGAAGUUUCCAUCAUACCGAACAAGAGAGCUGUUUCUCACUGGAGAAAGCUAUGCAGGACACUAUAUACCACAAUUAACUAAUGCUUUAUUGGACCACAAUGCUCGUUCCACUGGUUUCAAAUUCAAUAUUAAAGGAGUUGCUAUUGGAAACCCACUUUUGAGACUUGAUCGGGAUGCACCUGCAACAUAUGAAUACUUCUGGUCACAUGGAAUGAUUUCUGAUGAAAUUGGCCUUGCCAUUAUGAAUGAUUGUGAUUUUGAUGAUUAUGUGUAUGCAAGUCCUCACAAUGUUUCUCAUUCCUGCAACAAUGCCAUAUAUGAAGCAAAUCUCAUUGUUGGUGACUACAUAAACAGCUAUGAUGUAAUACUAGAUGUUUGUUAUCCAUCCUUAAUGGAACAAGAACUUAGAUUGAAAAGGAUGGCAACUAAAAUAAGUGUUGGUGUAGAUGUGUGUAUGACUCUAGAAAGACGUUUUUACUUCAAUCUCCCUGAGGUUCAGAAGGCUCUCCAUGCAAACCGUACAAAUCUUCCUUAUAGCUGGUCCAUGUGUAGUCGUGAUCUAAACUAUAGCGACACUGAUGGUAACAUCAACAUUCUCCCAAUUCUCAAGAGGAUAAUCCAAAACCAUAUCCCAGUAUGGGUUUUCAGCGGAGAUCAAGAUUCCGUUGUGCCAUUAUUGGGAUCUCGAACUCUCAUUCGUGAGUUAGCUCAUGAAUUGAAAUUCAAGAUUACAGUCCCAUAUGGUGCUUGGUUCCACAAAGGGCAGGUUGGAGGUUGGGUAACUGAGUAUGGAAAUUUGUUGACCUUUGCGACUGUAAGGGGAGCUGCACACAUGGUACCUUAUGCACAACCUUCAAGAGCACUGCACCUAUUCAGUUCAUUUGUGCAUGGCAGGAGGUUGCCCAACACAACACGUCCUUCAAUUGAUUAAUAAGGAUGAUAGUUAUGGUCCAAUUAGUCUCUAUUUGAUAUGGUUUGUAGUCAAAAUUUUUAAUUUACUAAAAAAAUUAAUAAUAUUCGACUACUUAAUGAUAGUCCCUUACCAUGCAUGUAAUAUUUUUUUUUUCUUUUCGUGCUAAUUGCACCGAUCGAACCCCAUUCAGCAUGAUACGGGGUCCAAGCCACGCAAGAAAAGGGAUCGAUCUAAACAUAUGUAUUACCUAGACCUAGUACAAGGGUUGGGUUUAUGGAACAAGUAAUCUAAGGAGAUUUGAUGGGCUA